AUGGACUCCGACGGUGAUGGAUCGCAGACGGUAUACGACAAGUCUGUCUUCCACGGUAUCGACAAUGACGAUGCCGAAUGGGCCUUGAAGCCAAAAGUUGCCGCCUUCAAGGAACGAGACCAGGCUGGCGAAUUCCCCAACCCUCGAGAACUCGGUGUUACUUGGCGCAACCUCAAUGUCGAAGUCAUUAGUGCCGAUGCCGCCCUCCACGAAAACGUCUUCUCUCAAUUCAACAUUCCGAAACUGAUCCAAGAAUCCCGACACAAGGCCCCGCUCAAGACAAUCGUCGAUAACAGCCAUGGCUGCGUCAAGCCUGGAGAGAUGCUGCUUGUUCUUGGGCGGCCAGGCUCUGGAUGCACAACCCUGCUGAACAUGAUCGCCAACAAGCGCAAUGGAUACGCCAGCGUCUCCGGUGAUGUCCACUACGGAUCCAUGACAGCCAAGGAGGCAGAGCGAUUCCGCGGUCAAAUCGUCAUGAACACCGAGGAAGAGCUGUUCUUCCCUUCACUCACGGUUGGCCAGACCAUGGACUUCGCUACCCGCCUCAAGAUCCCUUUUCACCUGCCCAACGGUGUCACCUCUAAGGAAGAGCUACGCACUGAAACACGCGACUUUCUUCUCCAGUCAAUGGGCAUCGAGCACACUCACGAUACCAAAGUCGGCAAUGCCUUUGUCCGAGGUGUGUCUGGUGGUGAACGGAAGCGUGUUUCUAUCAUCGAGACCCUGGCUACCCGUGCCUCGGUUGCCUGCUGGGAUAACUCGACUAGAGGUUUGGAUGCCAGCACCGCUCUGGAAUACACCAAGGCAGUUCGAGCCUUGACCGAUGUUCUUGGCCUUGCUUCCAUCGUCACUCUGUACCAAGCUGGAAACGGCAUUUACAAUCUGUUCGACAAGGUGCUUGUCCUGGAUGAGGGAAAGCAAGUCUACUAUGGUUCCAUGAAGGAAGCCAGACCCUUCAUGGAGAACAUGGGUUUCAUCUGCCAACACGGAGCUAACGUCGCUGACUACCUAACUGGUGUCACCGUCCCAACGGAGCGAGCUAUUCGACCCGGCUUUGAGGAUCGCUUCCCGCGCACCGCCGAGGCACUCCGCGCUGAGUACGAGAAGUCACCCAUUCACCAGCGCAUGAUUGCCGAGUACGACUACCCUACUACGGAAGUCGCCAAGGAAAACACCAAGCGUUUCCAGGAGGGUGUUGUGAACGAGAAGGACAAGAGGCUUGCGGCAUCAAGCCCCAUGACCGUGGGCUUCGUCCACCAGGUCGAGGCUUGUGUCAAGCGCCAGUACCAGAUUAUCCUGGGUGAUCGCGCGAGUUUCAUCAUCAAGCAAGUCUCCACGAUCGUCCAGGCUCUGAUUGCCGGAUCACUAUUCUACAACGCACCCAACACCUCUGGCGGACUCUUCAUCAAGUCCGGCGCCUGCUUCUUCGCUGUUCUUUUCAACUCUCUGCUGUCCAUGUCUGAGGUUACCGACUCCUUUACUGGACGUCCGGUCUUGAUCAAGCAUAAAUCUUUCGCCUACUUUCAUCCUGCUGCCUUUUGUCUCGCGCAGAUCGCGGCUGAUAUCCCGGUUAUCCUCUUCCAAGUGUCAACAUUUUCCGUCAUUCUGUACUUCAUGGUUGGCUUGACUUCGACGGCCGAGGCAUUCUUCACCUUCUGGGUUCUACUCAUUGCCAUCACCAUUUGCAUGACCGCGAUGUUCCGAGCUGUCGGUGCCGCAUUCAGUACAUUCGACGGCGCAUCAAAGGUAUCCGGUUUGUUGAUCUCCGCUACCAUCAUGUACUCUGGAUACAUGGUCACGAAGCCUCAAAUGAAAGACUGGUUCGUUUGGAUCUACUGGAUCAACCCCAUGUCCUACGCUUUCAACGCCUUGCUAUCCAACGAGUUCCACAACAAGAUCAUUCCUUGUGUCGGGAACAACUUGGUCCCCAAUGGUGGAGCGUUUGCCAACGCAGCAAGCCAGGCUUGUGCUGGUGUCGGUGGCGCACGCGUGGGUCAGUCAUUUGUAAAUGGAGAUGACUACUUGGACUCUCUGGCAUACAGCCACUCGGAUCUCUGGAGAAACUUCGCCAUCAUUUGGAUUUGGUGGUUACUCUUCGUUGCUAUCACUAUCGUCGAGACCACUAGAUGGAAAUCAUCCUCUGAGAACGGCCCGUCACUACUCAUUCCCCGCGAAAACCAGCAUAUCGCCAAUGCCCUCCGACAAGUCGACGAGGAAGGACAAGUCUCAGAGAAGAAGGUCGAGAGCGGCCAGAACACCGGAGCCAUGGUUGAGAGCGAUUCCGAAGGAAGUUCAGAUGAACUCGUUCGCAACACUUCUGUCUUUACCUGGAAAAACCUCUCUUACGUCGUCAAGACUCCCUCGGGAGAUCGUACUCUGCUGGACAAUGUCCAAGGCUGGGUCAAGCCGGGCAUGCUCGGUGCCCUUAUGGGAUCCAGUGGUGCUGGAAAGACUACUCUCCUCGACGUUCUUGCUCAACGUAAGACCGACGGUACCAUCCACGGUUCUAUCAUGGUUGAUGGUCGCCCUUUGCCAGUCUCCUUCCAGCGAUCCGCUGGUUACUGUGAGCAGUUGGAUGUCCACGAGCCCUAUGCUACUGUUCGAGAAGCUCUCGAGUUCUCUGCCCUCCUCCGCCAAAGCCGAGAUACCCCUCGAGCGGACAAGCUCAAGUAUGUUGACACCAUCAUCGACCUUCUCGAGCUCCACGAUCUUGCGGAUACCCUCAUUGGCGAUGUUGGCGCUGGGCUAAGCGUCGAGCAGCGCAAGCGUGUCACUAUCGGUGUCGAGCUGGUUUCUAAGCCUAGCAUCUUGAUCUUCCUCGACGAGCCCACCUCUGGUCUUGACGGCCAAUCUGCAUUCAACACUGUCCGUUUCCUGCGCAAGCUCGCCAAUGUUGGCCAAGCUGUUCUCGUCACCAUUCAUCAGCCUUCUGCCCAGCUCUUUGCUCAAUUCGAUACCCUGCUCCUCCUCGCCAAGGGUGGCAAGACUGUGUAUUUCGGUGAAAUCGGUGAGCAUGCCAAGACGAUCAAGGAAUACUUUGGUCGUUUUGGUGCUCCUUGCCCCAAGGAAGUCAACCCCGCCGAACACAUGAUUGAUGUCGUGUCUGGUCACCUAUCUCAAGGAAAGGAUUGGAACGAGGUCUGGCUUGCAUCCCCCGAACACGACGCUGUGAGCAAGGAGGUGGACCGUAUCGUCUCCGAAGCCGCUGCUAAGCCCCCUGGUACUGUUGACGAUGGUAACGAGUUUGCCACCCCUAUGUUGGAGCAGAUCAAGCUUGUCACUCAUCGCAUGAACGUCGCUCUCUACCGCAACGUCGACUAUGUCAACAACAAGGCCGCUCUGCACAUCACAUCCGCGCUGUUCAACGGCUUUACCUUUUGGAUGAUUGGAGACGGUGUCGCAGACCUCCAACUGAAGCUGUUUACCAUUUUCAACUUUAUCUUUGUUGCUCCCGGUGUCAUGGCCCAACUUCAGCCACUGUUCAUCCACCGUCGCGACAUUUUCGAAACGCGUGAGAAGAAGUCUAAGAUGUACUCAUGGGUGGCCUUCGUCACGGGUCUGAUCGUUUCGGAGAUCCCCUAUCUGUGCAUCUGUGCCGUCUUGUACUAUGUCUGCUGGUAUUACACUGUCGGCUUCCCUGGCGACUCCAACCGUGCCGGAGCCACCUUUUUCGUCAUGCUGAUGUACGAGUUUGUCUACACUGGUAUCGGUCAGUUCGUAGCUGCCUACGCACCCAAUGAGGUCUUUGCAUCUCUCGUCAACCCGCUCCUACUCGGUACCCUGGUCUCAUUCUGUGGUGUUUUGGUACCAUACCAGCAGAUCCAGUCGUUCUGGCGCUACUGGAUCUACUGGCUGAACCCCUUCAACUACCUCAUGGGAAGCAUGUUGGUCUUUGACAUUUGGGGGUCCGACGUGAACUGCUCCGACAGGGAAUUUGCUCGAUUUGAUCCCCCUAGCAACAUGACGUGCGGCGACUAUCUGGCUGACUACCUUGCACAAGGACUCGGCGCCGUCAGCAACCUCGUGAACCCGGAGGCUACCUCCGGGUGCAAGGUCUGCUCCUACUCCAAGGGUGAGGACUACUUGCGCACGCUCAACCUGAAGGAGUAUUACUACGGCUGGAGAGAUGCCGCGAUUGUGGUCAUCUUUGCCUUGAGCUCCUAUGCCUUGGUGUACGCCUUGAUGAAACUCCGAACAAAGACCUCCAAGAAGGCGGAGUAA